GACGCCGCCCACGCAAGUGAUGUCAGCGGGGCUUUUUGCGGGUCUGGACACAUCCUCGUCAGCCUGAGCUUUGCCUUUGCAACCCCUUGUCCGUGGCUCGCGCUUCUCUUUUUUCCAAAGGCCGCGGAGUCCUUUGGGUGAGCACGGAGACCAACUCAUGCUUCCUCCGGCGAGACCUGCCUCUUACUUUUGGACCCCAGUCUUAUACGCUGACCAGACUUUGCGCAGCUCGCCGAUUGGAAGUGGCAACUGUCCGGCAAGCACUUGCGCCUCUCCCCUCCUUUGACUUUCUUGGCCGGGUUAAGGGAUCAGAGAGGGUGGAGUUGCCUCCGUUCUGGGCGAGCCCGUUUGCGAUUUCGGCACAGGGAUGUGCAGAUGGAGGCCGGAGGAGACACUGCUGCCCCGGCCCCCGGGGGCACGGAGGGCUUGGAGGACACGCAGUGCCCCCGUGAGGAAACCAGGGAAGGUGAAGGAGUUGACGCCGUCCCACCGGAUCUCAAAGAGGAGGGUCUGGAGGAAACAGGAUCCAAGGACAAGGACCAGCCACCCAGCCCAUCACCACCACCACAGUCAGAGGCCCCAUCAAGCACCUCUCAGCUCUGGAGUCCUGCAGCCCCUGAGAAUAGUCCCACACGUAACCCUGAGAAUGGCUCUGGAGGCCAGGGUGGGGACCCCAGUGAUGAGGACUGGCGCAGCCAGCGGAAGCAUGUGUUUGUGCUGAGUGAGGCUGGCAAGCCCAUCUACUCUCGGUACGGUAGUGUGGAGGCGCUGUCGGCUACCAUGGGUGUAAUGACUGCCCUCGUGUCCUUCGUGCAGAGUGCAGGAGAUGCCAUCCGUGCCAUCUACGCUGAGGACCACAAGCUGGUGUUCCUACAGCAGGGCCCACUGUUGCUCGUGGCCAUGUCACGGACUCCUCAGUCAGCCGCCCAGCUGCGGGGGGAGCUGCUAGCUGUGCACGCACAGAUCGUGAGCACACUGACGCGUGCAAGCGUCGCCCGCAUCUUCGCACACAAGCAGAACUAUGACCUCCGCCGCCUGCUGGCUGGCUCAGAGCGCACACUGGACCGACUUCUGGAUAGUGUGGAGCAGGACCCAGGAGCCCUGCUCCUGGGCGCCGUGCGCUGCGUGCCCCUUGCCCGCCCACUGCGGGACGCACUGGGUGCGCUCCUCCGACGUUGCACAGCACCUGGCCUGGCGCUGUCAGUGCUGGCAGUAGGUGGCCGACUGAUAACAGCAGCCCAGGAGCGGAAUGUGCUGGCCGAGUGCCGGCUGGACCCAGCGGAUCUGCAGCUGCUGCUCGACUGGGUGGGCGCACCAGCCUUUGCGGCAGGUGAGGCUUGGGCACCAGUGUGCCUGCCCCGCUUCAACCCUGAUGGUUUUUUCUACGCCUACGUGGCCCGUCUGGAUGCUAUGCCUGUCUGCCUGCUGCUGCUUGGCACCCAGCGUGAAGCCUUCCAUGCCAUGGCCGCCUGCCGGCGCCUGGUUGAAGACGGGAUGCAUGCCCUUGGUGCCAUGCGUGCCCUUGGGGAGGCUGCCAGCUUCUCUAACCCCUCAUCAGCCAGUGCUCCUGCCUACAGCGUGCAGGCUGUGGGGGCGCCAGGCCUCCGUCACUUCCUCUAUAAGCCGCUGGACAUCCCUGACCACCACCGUCAACUGCCCCAGUUUACCAGCCCCGAGCUAGAGGCCCCCUACAGCAGAGAGGAGGAGCGGCAGCGGCUGUCCGACCUGUACCACCGCUUGCAUGCUCGCCUUCACAGCUCCUCCCGACCGCUGCGCCUCAUUUACCACGUGGCUGAGAAGGAGACGCUGCUGGCCUGGGUGACCUCCAAAUUUGAGCUCUAUACCUGUCUCAGCCCUCUGGUGACCAAGGCAGGUGCAAUCUUGGUAGUGACCAAACUCCUGCGCUGGGUGAAGAAAGAAGAAGACCGGCUGUUCAUUCGUUACCCACCCAAGUACUCCACACCACCAGCCGCCUCUACGGACCAAGCUGCCCAUAAUGGCUUGUUCACUGGACUCUGAGAGAUGGAGCUCCCAGACCGGGCAGUGCUGGGAGCAACCACCUGUUUUUUACCUUCUGUCUCCACCCUGGAAAUGUGGGUGGGGGUGUGUCUGUGGCCAGUCAUUGUCUCCCUAGGCAAUGGGGCAAGAUCUGAGGGCCUGCCGGUGAGAGAGAUGGUGGCAGCAGCCAGGCGAGCAGGCUGCUUUCCACACCCAGUCAUGUACCUCCCCAUCUGGGAAAAUCCUUAGGCCUCCCUCUCCCUUCCUUCCCUCUGUGUCACCUCCACUUGGAUGAUGCUGUGGCCUCUGUCAUGGACUGUCCCCUGCAAACUUGCUUCAGGGGUCAAUCUCAGUUGAAUCUUAGCCCUGAGUGUCCAGGGCUGGCCAAGGUCUCUAGGGUGGCCCACAGGGGUGCUGGAAUUGGAAAUUCAGGGCCAGACUGUGCUUGGAACUGGCCUAGGGGUGUUUUAAAGAAAAAAACUGUAUAUAAAAGGUCUAAAAGUAA